CCCUCAUAAAUAGAGAGAGAGAGGGAACCAGAGACAGUGAGAGGGAAGAAGUGAAACAAGGCUCACAAAGAAGACGCAAAGCACAAGAAGGUGAAGAGUGAGGGAGGACAGGGAAGGAGAGACUUGUGGACCAAAGAGGCAGAGAAAUAAAGACGUGUAGUGAGGACAAAAGAAGAGUCACUAUAAAAACCAGAGAAGGGAAGAAACUGGGAGCGUGACCGACUGACAGCUGAACCGGCGACCACAGAGAAAGAUGCAUGCCUUCCUGCUGCUUGUCUGCUUUGCCCUCGCUGCGACAGAGUACUCCUUUGCCUCUGCCCACAUGAUCCCCGAUGAGAGUCUCUCCACGAAUAGAGUCGUUAUAUCGAACACUCUUUCCCAAAGCCUUGACAUACCCCAACCUGUUAUUGUAGCAUUGCCAAAAUCAGUGAAGAAGAACAAGAAAACAAAGAAACAUAAAAAGAACAAAUUUAGUGUGAAGAAGCGCCCUCCUCCUCCUGCUAACUGCAUUCCCUUGUGGGGAAGCUGUAAAUCUCCCAGCAAUGUGUGCUGUGAUUUCUGUGCUUUCUGCCAGUGUCGGCUCUUCAGAACUGUCUGUUUCUGUCGAAUGGGCAACCCUCACUGCUGAACAGCCAGAUGCAGCCUGACCCAGCGGCGAGCUAACGGAACAACAUUUCACGCUAAAGCAAACCCCUUGAAGUGAAAACCGUGGUCGGUGAAUCACUUCUAGACCUUGGUUUGUUAAUCUCAGAACCCAUCGGCUAUUGGACGACAAUUUAGCCAACGGGGGCAAAGGCCAAAAUUCCGGUAUCUCCGGUGUAGCCGGCGGAUAACCGGAUAUUUUCAGUUUGCAGGUCAUUGUUUACAGUCCAAUUGUUUUAGCUCCAGACGACAUUCUGGCUAAGCUUCAUGAUCAUAUGAAAAUAGAAAAAUAAAAAUAAAAAUAGCUAAAUCGUCGUCCGACAACAGCUGAUGGGUUCUGCCUCUUUUGCUCUCCACACAGACUUUUUACCUUCAUGCAGCUUGCUCAAACGUGAUUGGUCAAAACAACUCGAACCACAAACGGAAACCGCUUCUGAUACCAAAAUCUUGUCCCGUUGUUAUUUGUUUGUAACUUUGCCUAAAAUUCACUGCAUGAAAGCACUUUAUUACUGAGGACUGCCCCACCGUGAACCUUCCUAAGACCUUACAGGGUGUACUGCUUAUAGAAACGCUUACUUUGAGCUUUUAGCACAC